AAAAGGGAGAGGCUCUGUCUCGCUUGGCCAGACAUCCGAUCGUUUGGCUUGCUGUAGCGCAUCCGCCAUUCCAGGGAGCAGCAGAAUGAUGCUAGCUAGAUUUUGAUCAGACUGUGCAGAAAAUUGCCCUCGCGGGUGUCGGAUUUGUUCGCCGCUUGACAAGCAGAGCUGGGUAUCGGUCACCGACGUUCGACAUGGUGGUUCAGGUGAUCUGUUCGUGAAUGCCGGAUGGGGCAAGGAGGUUGGCUGGAAGGCCAAUCUGAAUAAUGGGUGUCUUCACGAGAGUAAACUUCGGGCUGCUGCUGCUGUGAGCGUGAUCUGAUGUGGUCUUGGUUGUGAUGACGGGGUAGAGAGCGUGGUUUUUGCAGGAUGUCUGGUCACGCGGUUGCUCGCUGGGAGGUGUUGUUGUUAAAAAGGGGACAAGAGGAUAGGGUUUUCCGUUUCAGCAGAUUAAUGGGGCUUAGGCAGGGAUUUCUGGUGGUAGAAUCGACGCUUUGAGUAGAUUGCGAGAUGUGGCUGAAGUUGAUUGCUUUUUGUUGCUGUAUGGAAAGCGGUCUAGCGGAGUGAGUAGCUGAGUUUCCAGUGAGAGUUGCUUGUCGUCCGAGAUGUGGACUGAAACUCGCUCUUGCGAAUCGUGACCUUUCUGGAGUAAGUGCUGUGUGGUUAGAGCCAUGGGCAUUGGGAUGGGGCUGGUAUGAAACAAGUCCGGUGCGGAGUGUUUUGAUGUAGAGAACGUUGUUGAGUUCGACGAGGCCAUUGGUAUGUUGGAGGCGGUUUGCCUUCCGAUUUUGAACCUGCAAAGAAGUGUCCAUACCACAAUAGAUGAACUAAGAGCUGUGAAACAAUGCUUCAGCAAUGACUGAAAUUGAGAACUUUUAAGCUUCUGAUGACUGGGGCCACUUAGAAAUGUACACGCUUGCGAUUGAGUUACUAAGAUAUAGUCGGUGGAUUGCGAAAACAAGUGAUCCAGAUUACAUCUGUUGCUGGUGGAUGGCGCUGCCGCUGACUACACGUGCGCGAACAGCUUCAAGUUUAAGCUCGUUCCCCUAGGAUUAGAAUUUAGCACAAUCACAACCUAAAUGAGUUUGAUAUUGGGAGACUGAAUGGAUUAGGAUCCGCAUUACUUCAGUAAACUGUCGCGAAUGAUGCAUUGCACAAGACAGUUGGGAAAUCUGUCGAUGUCUGUGUGCGUGACUGCAUACUUCGACUAGAUUCCGUAGGAUUUGUAUUGAGAUUGAGGCUCAUGGCUCGCAGAUUUGUGAGAUUCUCUUCUGAUCGAAUUAUAUAUUUUGAAGUGGAGUAACGAAUUCCAGUAAGCAUCUUUGAGAGGAGAUCGAGCAGACUAGUGCCAAGAUGGCAGCCGGGGCAGCCGUCACUCAAUCCGAAGAUAGCGGUCAUGACAAGCCGAAUGCACAAAUCCAGUUGGAGAAGCCGGUUGACACAAGUCCUCUCUACACGAUGCAAGCGUUCUUCGAUGGCAAGAUGAAAGUAGAGGACUUUGCGAGAUCGGAGCAAGAGCGGCCCAGUGUCCCGCAUUAUGUUUUUGAUGACACGCUGCCUGUCAUUGACAUCGCUGCCAUCAAAGAAAGAUCCAGCGAAGAACGGGAGGCCAAUGUGGCCAAGAUGCUGAUGGCGGCGAGGUCGUGGGGAUUUUUCAGGAUUAUUAAUCACGACGUUCCUGUGGAAUUGGUGAAGCAAGUGGAGGCAAAUGGCAAGCAGUUCUUUGCGUUGCCGAUGGAGAGGAAACUUUCAGUGCGAGCGCCAGACUUCGUGUUUGGGUACACGGGCGGCUCUCCGAUCAAGUGGAAAUCAAAAUGGUGGCUCGAAGGUCUCAUGAUCAAGGUGACGGACGAGGCGUUGGAUGAUAUGGUGAACCAGGUGUAUCCACAUGAGAAAGAAUUCGCUGCACAGUUCAAGAAGGAUCUGAAGUCGUUCUUCGGCCCGAUGCAUGAGCUGUCGCGUUUCAUAGUCGAGGAAUUGACCGAGGGACUUGGCCUUGAACGAGAUACUUACACCCGUCUAGAGACCCCGAACUCUAAUUGCACUGGACGCAUGAACCACUACCCGGUCUGCUCCGAUCCAGACUCCGUGCUGGGGAUUCCUGGCCACGCAGACACGCAAAUGCUGGCAAUUUUGUAUCAGGAUGAUGUUGGUGGGCUACAAGUGCUCAAGGACGGUGAGUGGGUGGGAAUCCGGCCCGACGAUAACAGCUUCAUCGUUAAUAUUGGAGAUACCUUCCAGGCGAUCACAAAUGGGAUUCUUCACAGCGCAUCACAUCGAGCUGUGGUGAAUUCAAAGAAAGACCGAUACUCUACUGUGUACUUCUACGGCAUUGACAACUCCAUCACUCUUACAGUGCCGCCAGGGCUCAUCACCGAAGAUCGUCCUCUUAAGUACCGUCCCUUUACAAUCAUGGAACACAGGAAAUACAUUGUGGACAACGAAGUCCCAUUGGAUGCGGUUCGGCACUUGCAGAUCAACCCCGAAGCAUGAUGCUCGAAAGCUCUCCGGUCGCAGGGUCGUAAAAGCGCCUAGUCAAGUAGGCGCCACUGGAAUCAGCUCAUGAUUACAGGAUGUCGUGCCGCCUUGUCGCUCACUCAGUCUUCUUUCAAUCCUUGUAGUCGACAUCCACAGAUUCAUGAACCUCGCAAAACUCACAUGGAGGACUCCUGAAGGUCAAUGGCAAUGCAGAGUUCACCUGGCUGACUCCUGCCUAUUGGAAUGAUACUAUUCACUGGAGAAAUCGGUCAUCUCGCCAUGAAUCCAGGAGGUCAACCGGCGUUGUUUCCUAUGCCGAUGUUCGUACUGCAUCACUGUCGGUGCCUCCAGGUCCAGUUUCUUGCAAUAUGGGUUUUAAUGUCGGUAAGCUGAGCAUGCCUAAGGUCAUCGCUGUAUACUUGUGAUCUCUUCCUGACCAAGUAGAAUCCUAGCGAUGAAUCAGUUGAAGUGUACUAAAACAAUUUGUACCUUUUCCUUUGUGUCCACAAGAUUGAACACGUAUUUCACCGUAUUUGUUGAUGUGUUCA